CCGCUCCCUCUUCCUCUUGGUCUGGGCAUGCCGUCAAUUCGUCGAAUCCCGUCAUGCGCAGUGCUGGCUUUGUGGAAACGCGAUGGUUGAUGUUGGGUUGCGAGGGAAGGAUGGUGUCAUCGAGUGGCUUGGGAGCUUUCACGGUUAUUGGAAAAAGAGGAUUUUCAGCCAGAAAACCCAAGACAACCAUUGCUUAAUUGACAGGAUCACUCAUUUCACCAUAAGCUGACUUUGGUAGGAUUUUGAACAUGGAAUCAAACAGCACCAUUCAGAAGACUGAGAAACCAUUUACAUGUGUGUGUGGCCGAGGCUUUAGCCAUUCAUCUGGUCUGUCUAGACACAAGCGCAGUCACAACGUGGGGAAACCGUGGAAAUGUGCGGCCUGUGGAAAGGAAUUCAAUUACCCAUCGGAGCUGGAAAUUCAUCAUCGCAGUCACACUGGCGAGAGACCGUUCACAUGCUCUGCCUGUGGCAAGGGGUUCACUGCAUUAUUUGGCCUCCAGUCACACCAGCGAAUUCACACUGAGGAGAAGCCAUUCAUAUGCACCUUCUGUGGAAAGAGGUUCAGGCAAUCAUCUGCCCUUACUGUACACCAGCGAGGUCACACUGGGGAGAGGCCCUUCACCUGUUCUGUGUGUGGGAAAGGAUUUACUCAUUCAUCUGUACUAAUGAAACACCAACGAGUUCAUACUGGAGAGAGACCAUUCACCUGCUCUGAGUGUGGGAAAGGAUUUGCUCAGUCAUCCCAGCUGCUAACUCAUCAGCGCAUUCACACCGGAGAGAGACCAUUUACCUGCUCCCUCUGUGGGAAGGGUUUCACUCAGUUAGCCAAUCUGUUGACACAUGAGAGAGUUCACAAGUGAUUACAGGAAUUGGAUUAUUUUGUUAUUAUUGCUGAUAAUCUCUUCCAGGACUGGAUUACGUUCAUUAUGACAAUUGGGGUUUGUUUCUGCUGGUGAUAAACCCUGUAAUUAUGCUGGAGGUUAAUAUUUUGCAUGCGUAGAUGAUUGUCUUCCUAAGAUGCAAUGUUCCUUUUAAAAUCACUGUCUUCUGAUCUUUCCCCAUAAUUCAUGGCCUUUCGUCAGAAUGACUUUACAACAAUGUUAUGAACUUUUACUUCAACAUCUCUAAUGAGCACAUGCUGAUGGAUCCUUGCUGAUAAUUCUGACUGACUUGCAUGUUCCACACAGUGGCCUUUCCAUUAUCAGAAAGAAAGGGAAUGGGAAUUGCUGGAAAAUCAAGAGUAUCCGUAAGAACUUAACACUAGAAAUAGAAUCAAAAAGUGGACAUUCAGCUCUUCAAGCCUGCUCUGCCGUUCAAUACAAUUAUAAUUUUCUACUUCAUUUUUCUGCGCGAUCCCCAUUUCCUUGGAUGUCUUGAAUAUGGAGUAAUCCAUAGAUCUCAGUCUUGAACACACUCAAUGAGUGAGUCUCCACAGCACUUUGAGGCAGUGAAUUCCAAAGAUUUGCCAUUCUGUGUGAAGAUAUUCCUCUUCAUCUCCAUCCUUCAUGACCUAUACCUUAUUCUGUGUUCUCUGGUUCUACUGUAGGCCUUGAACCAAGACAACCAUUUUGUAUGAUUCUGACUUUAAUUUUGACCUUGUUAACGAUAAAUAUUAAGAUGAUUUUACAACCCAGGUAUGAAUGAGCUAAGUUGGUAAAGGUUAAAACAGGCUACCAAGAGAUUGGAAAGAGAUAUAACAGUGAUCCACAUUGGCUUCAACCUCAUCCCACACUCUGUCUCAUGUUGUAACUAUUCAGAGGAGACACUGCCAUCAGCUGUAGAGAUCAACCUUCCGCUUUGCGCGUCCGUUCUUCAUCUGUCAUGGUUUGUAUGUUUAUUUUUCCUGUCACUUUAACUUGUGUCAUAUCUAAACUAUUGUUCUUAAUAAAUGUGUUUGAAAUUACUCGAGUUUCAUCCCCUUUUACAGUAAUCUGAUACUCCUGGAUGUUAAUUUUGCAAAUGGUUUAAAACUGAGAUCAUGGUGGUGGAGAUCAGAGGCUUGAGAAAGAACUGUCUCAAUUACACACAGGUGGAGGAAAUUCCUGCGUGAGGUCAGGAGUGUACAACAACAUUGACACAUUAUCGGAAAGAGAGAUGGACAGCCUGAGGGAUAAAACAGGCAUGCAGCAGGGCAGAGAUAUCCUGAGGAUAGCAGAAGAACU